GCGAAUCACAUUCAUCAUCUCGUACGAGAAACUCAUCAUUACAUUUUCUCUCUUCCAUUUGUCUUAAAAAAAAAAAAAACAAAUAAAAAAUCUCCAUUUCUCUCUCUUGGGUUUGCUUUGCUUUAUAUAUGGAGAGGAGUGUACUUGUUUUUUCGUCACUCUAGUUGUUUUCUUCUUUCUUUUCUCUCUCUUGUUUUGUUUCUUUCUGUACUUGUUGUGCACAGGAACUUCAUCUGAAACUUGGGUGUGGAUUGCUUUGUUGCAUGAAUGGAUCCCUCACAACAUCAGGAGAUGGCUAAUUCUUCUUUAGAGAGCAUGUUGGUCUGCUCAAAGGCACAAGAGAGGAAGCCGAGGCCACAACCAGAACAAGCUCUCAAGUGCCCAAGGUGUGAUUCUACCAACACCAAAUUCUGCUACUACAACAACUACAGCCUCUCCCAGCCAAGGUAUUUUUGCAAGGGAUGCAGGAGGUACUGGACCAAAGGCGGCACACUGAGGAAUGUUCCAGUGGGAGGUGGGUGCAGGAAGAACAAAAGAUCAUCAUCUUCAUCAAAGAGGACCCAAGAUCAUAAUCAGCUCAAUUCCAGCACCAACCCGCUUACUGGGAUCCCUCACCUGAGUUAUGACUCUGGUGACUACCUGAGUCUUGCAUUUGCUGGGCUUCAGAAAUCUGGUGGGCAUUUAGGGUUUGAUGAUCACGAAAUUUCCCUUAUGGGGAAUCCCAGUAGCACCCAUUGUGACAUGAUCCUUUGUAACCCUAACAUCAACAGUUCUGGUGCCACUCCUUUUCUUGACACACUAAGAAGUGGCUUUCUGGGAACCCAGAACAGUUUUCAGAACUUUUAUUACGGGUUUGGAAAUGGGAACAUGGCUGGAGAGGUGGAUAAUUGUAGUGGAAGUGUCAGUGGUGAAAUGGUGCUACCGUAUGAUCAUAAUCAAGACAUGAGCAGCAGCACUGCAACAACAACAGCUGUGACAGUCACAACAACGAAGCAAGAAUUCUGCAAUGGAGUCAGAAAUAGGACCACUGAUCAGAACAAAGCCUUGUGGGGAUUUCCAUGGCAGCUCAGUGGAGAUGGUAUUAGCGUGGGUCAGGUUGAUAAUUCAGGAAGGGAAAGCUGGAAUGGACUCAACUCAUCUUGGCAUGGAUUGAUUAAUAGCCCUCUAAUGUAGACAUUAAGAACGAUCAUCUUUUCAUGUCUUUUAAUAUCAUGAACAAAAAACAACUGAGUUAAUUUCUUUUCAUAUAUCAAAUGCAUAUAUAUAUAUAUAUAUAUAUGUAUGUAUCUCAGUUUUAAUUCCUUCUGAAGAGUUUUGUGUUAGGAGAUACAUGAUUCAAGCCUGAAUCAUCCUUAAACUAUAUAUAUUUCCAUUUUGUUAUCUUUUUACUUUCUUUAUUGGUUGAUAAACAAAUGAUCAUUUC